GUGGCUGCCCAGGGAGAGCGCGAUGCUGCCAGGACACAGCAGGAGGCUGCAGCAGUAUCUGAUGGUCCUGGCCGUGACCUGGGGCGCCACCAUCUUCCCCCCAACAGCCCAGGCUUUGCAGAGGAUCGCGCUGCGGAGGAUGCCGUCCAUCCGGCAGACGCUGCAGGACAUGGGGGUGAAGGUGUCCGACGUCUUCCCGGAGCUGAGGCAGAGCAGACGCGGCAGCGCGGCCGGCCCCAGGAACGGGACGGCUCCCACCCUCCUCACCAACUACCUGGAUACCCAGUAUUUUGGCGAGAUCAGCAUUGGGACCCCCGCGCAGACCUUCAAGGUGGUGUUUGACACGGGCUCGGCCAACCUGUGGGUGCCAUCCUACAAGUGCUCCCCCCUCUACAGCGCCUGCAUUUCCCACAGCCGCUAUGACUCCUCCAAGUCACGGACAUACAUAGCCAAUGGCACAGGCUUUGCUAUCCGCUAUGGGACAGGGAGUGUCAAAGGCUUCCUGAGCCAGGACAUCGUCAUGGUAUCAGACAUCCCCAUCAUCCAGGUCUUCGCUGAGGCCACGGUGCUGCCAGCCUUCCCCUUCAUCUUUGCCAGAUUCGAUGGGGUCCUGGGGAUGGGUUACCCCAGCCAGGCCAUCGAUGGCAUCACCCCUGUCUUCGACCGGAUCCUCUCCCAGCAGAUCCUGAAGGAAGAUGUGUUCUCCGUCUACUACAGCCGAGCUUCAAAGAAUGCUGCUCUGAAACCUGGAGGUGAAAUCAUCCUCGGAGGCAGUGAUCCAGCCUAUUACACUGGGGACUUCCACUACCUGAACGUCAGCAAGAGUGGCUACUGGCAGAUCAGCAUGAAGGGGGUGUCCGUGGGGGCUGAAAUGCUGUUCUGCAAGGAUGGCUGCUCAGCCGCCGUCGACACAGGAGCAUCCUACAUCACCGGCCCCGCUGGCCCCAUCUCUGUGCUGAUGAAAGCCAUCGGGGCAGCAGAAAUGGCUGAAGGAGGAUACGUGGUGGACUGUGACAAAGUCCCUCAGCUGCCCAACAUCUCCUUCCACCUGGGUGGGAAGGCCUUCGGGCUCAGCGGCUCAGCCUACAUCCUUCGGCAAUCCCAGUAUGGGGAGGACAUCUGCGUGGUGGCUUUCUCGGGGCUGGACAUCCCACCCCCGGCUGGUCCUCUCUGGAUCCUGGGCGCCAGCUUCAUUGGGCACUACUACACCAAAUUCGACCGGCGCAACAACCGCAUCGGCUUUGCCACAGCUCGCUGAUGGCCAGGGAUGGGGAGAGGGACCAGAACCAGCACAGAGGCAAGAGCACCACUACCGUGAAGAAAGGAUUCAAAGUGCAAACCAGCGUUUCCUUCAGCUCAGCCACCUCCUUUCUUUACAGAAGCAACAGCAAAACCUCCCCUUCUCCUGCUCCCAAACCCAUGCUCCACUUCCUGAGAGUCUCUGCUGCUGGGGAGAGCAGAGCCUUAAACUCAUCCUCACGUGUCUGGAAUCAAAGCAGGAUGCUGUGGCCGGGGCUGCACCUCCAGGGACUCUGAGGCUGAUGUGCAAUAGUACAUGUGGCACACAAGGACCUGCUGCUGGCAGGGAGGUGCUUGCAGGCUGCAAGGGAUGAUCUAUUACUGUUCAUGUUAUUCUUUAAAUGGGAGAAAGAUAAUGUGGCUGUUUAAUGAGAGUUUUAGCUGGUGUGUUAACCUGGCCCCUCGCCAUGUCUUUAAUAUUAAACAAUCUUAGAGCAAGAAGA